AUGUCUCUUUCACGUUUCUUCUACGACCCUCUCACUGAUUUCGACCGCCUCUUCGAUGAGGCUUUCUCUGCCCGUACCGGUGAUACUGGUGUUGCUCGACGAGCGAUCGAGCCUCGAGCUCUGAGACCAAGGAUGGACGUGCACGAAGACCCUAAGUCGAAUGCCGUUACUGCCACCUUUGAGCUUCCAGGCUUGAAGAAGGAGGACGUCAGUAUCGACGUGCAAGACAACGUCCUCACUAUCUCUGGCGAGAGCAAGUUGUCUUCAGAGCGCGAUGAGGGUGGCUACGUGAUUCGUGAACGUCGCUAUGGCAAAUUCUCUCGUGCUUUGUCGUUGCCUCAGGGUGUGAAGCCUGAUGACGUCAAGGCUGCCCUUGACAACGGCGUUCUUACCGUGACCUUCCCUAAGGCUACACCAGAGCAAGCACCGAAGAGGAUCACUAUUGCGUGAAGAAUGAAAGGCGAUUCUCUUAGUGACAAUUCAAAAGCACAUUGAGAAGGAAUUGUGGACUUUGUAUCUGUAUUAUACAUCAUCGUCUGUGUAUCAAUAGCUUUUCUAAACGUCGAGUUUCUGCUCAAUUGGCAGCCGUCAUGUCUGCAAUAUGGGUAUG